UAAUUUUAGUGCUCAAGGAGGAUGUAUUUCACAUGUCCUGCCAGAAUUUUUGCUUGAACCAGAAGAUUAUAAGAGGUGGAUUGAAAUUAUGUCUUCCACUAAUACGAUGUCUGUGAGUUCCUGCACACCUAAGAAAAAAUGUUCUAUUGUUAUGGAAAUGUCUAAAUUUGAAGCCUGGAGUAAAGGGGCAUGGACAGAUGUAUUUCUACAGAUAUACAAGGUUUUGGUUCUAUCUCGUGUAGUACCAUACUGCAGCAAUAAUAUGCCCCCCAUAUGUGUCCAAAAUACACCAAAAGUCAACCCUUCUUUUGCAUCCAGCAACAUAUAUUCUGAUUCUGAAAGAAUUUUGCUUAGUUGGAUGAACAUAAAUUAUGAAAAUACUCGACAUGUGAUAUGGAAAAACUGUCACAAAGAUGUUAUCCCUUCUGAGAGACUGAUAGUAAAUUUUGACAAAGACCUUUCAGAUGGUCUUGUUUUUGCAACACAGUUGGGAGCCUAUUGCCCAUUCUUGAUCGAGUCUCAUUUUAUAAAUAUGUACACACGACCAAAAAGUCCUGAAGAGUACCUGCACAAUUGCCUGAUUAUUGUAAAUACUCUUUAUGAAAUUGACUUUGACAUGGAAAUACAG